AUGUCGUUGUUCGUGACUCCGCCUAGAAAAGAAAGAGGGCAGAUAGAGUCGGUUGCGUCGCAGAGAACGGAGACGGGGAGCGAGAAGGCAAGUGUGGGAAGUGAGAGGGAAAGUGUAGUGAGUAAGGGGGGAGCAGAAAGCGAAGCCGGCAGUGAUAUCGCUGUGUUAGAUUCUCCAAAGGCGAGAAAGAAAGACACGCAGCAAAAGGCGGAUCGAGAGAAAGAAAAAGAAGGAAAGGACACAAGGGGUAGAAAGACGAAUAAGGAAAAAAAGGAGAGGGGGGUAAGCUUUGCGUCGGUGGUGAUGAUGGACGGUUUUGUCAGGAAAGGGGAUAAAGAAAAGCAAGAGACAGGUAAAAAAGAAAAGAAAAUGGAAGCAGAGGAAGAAGAAAAGCAGGAAGAGGGGGGUUUUGGAAAGAUUUUCGAGAUGUUGAAGAAAAUGGGGGAAGAGUCAAGAAAAGGAUUAGAAGAUAUGCGAAAGGAAUUAAGUGAGAGUAGGAAAAUAGAUGAAGAUAGAAACACCAAAAUGGAUAAGAAAAUGGAAGGGGUCUUAGUGGAAAUGGCAAAGAUAAGGGAAAUGUGGACACGGUAUGAGGAAGAAUGGAGGAAAGAAAAAGAUAAUGUAUGGAAAAAAUUGAGUAGUUUGGAAAAAGGGAUUAGUGAUAAAGAGGAAGAAAGGAAGGAAGAUGUAAGAAGAAUAGAGGAAAGAAUUGAAGGACUAGAGGGCCUAGAGAAAAGAAUGGAAAGUUUAGAGAAGAGGGGAGAAGUUGAGAACGUGGAUGGGGUGAUAGAAUUAAAGAUGGAGGUAAAAGAGCUCAGAAGAGAGAUGGAGUUCAUGGAGAGAGAAAGAAGGAAGAAGAACAUCUUGGUAAAAGGAGCAAAGGCAGAUAGAAAAAAGGGGAGAGAGAGGGUAGAAAGAGUGCUAGAAGAGAUAGGGGUAAAAGUGAAUAUAAGGGAGGUAAAGCCUGUGGGUAGGGAGGAUGAGGAGGGAAGGGUUGGAAUGUGGCUGGUAGAAUUGGGAAGCGAGGAGGAAAAGCAAGAGAUCAUGAGAGCAAAAAGUAAAUUAAGGGGGACGGAAGUAAGAAUUGAUGAAGAUAGGACGAGGAGAGAAAGAUGGAUUAAUAAGGUAUUAUUAGGGAAGGCUUGGGAGGAGAGAAGAAAGGGGAACGCAGUAAGGUGGGGAAGGGAAUGUUUAUGGAUUCAGGGAAGAAAAUGGAUAGUAAAGGAGGGGACAGAAGAGGUGGUAGAAGACGGAGGGGAAGGGGGGUUUGGAAGAGAGAGACAAGAGAGGGAAAGGAAGGAGGGAAUAAACCGGGAGGAUGCAAAUUAA